AUGCUUCAUGGGAAGAAGUUGGCCAAGCAGGUGCUGCUGCCGUCUGUGCUGGAAGACGAUGACGCAGAAACAGAAAGUGGGAAGCUGCAGCUGGGGGAGGUAGGAAACCGACUAUGCAGCCAAGUUUGCAAACUCUUGAGCAAGGGAAGUGUGAACGACCAGCCAAGAAUGAGCCAGACAGAGGUUGAUAUGCGUGGGCCAAAAGACCAACACUCAAGCCCUGACAGGAACGUGCUAGACAGAGGCACAAGACACGAGGAAGACGAAGAAAAGGAGCCUGAAGUACAGGAGUGCCUGAGCUCUGAUGAGGACUAUGAUACAGAUUUGGAGCUCGAAGGUAAGGAGGCGGCAUACGAUCUGACGAGGCAGACAUGCUAUGUGACAGCGUGUAAAAAGUUCCGGGUGGUCCCUGCCUCUUAUUUCCUGCAGCAUAUGCAAAAUAGCACACUGGUUAUGAUGCAUCGUGGCCUGGGGCCUCAGGGCACCAAAGCACUGGCGGUUCCCCUGGUAACCAACACUUCAAUACUGCGGCUGAACCUGCGAGAUAAUUGGAUGGAAGGCAUGGGUGGAGCUGCUAUAGCUGAGAUGUUAAAAGGAAAUUGCUACAUUACAGGUGGCUUUACUUUCAAGCGAAGGGACCAGUCUGCCAAGCUGGAUCGGCAGGCCAGUCCUGGCCAUCACAGUGGAGCAGAGUCUGAUGGUGGCAAGAAACUGCAUGCAGCUUCAAUCCAAGGAGUUAAGGGACACAUUCUCCCAGGACUUGAUAUGACAAUGCCAUAUGAGGGGGCUCUGCGGGAACCUACAUCUUACCCGUCCCUCGAAGAGGAUGGCAGCAUCGGUAUUGGACACCCAGCACUCUCGACGAAGAAGUUAGCUGCCAACUGGAGGUUGGGUUGCCCCCAUCGAGAGUAUGGGUCGCAUUACCAGGCCCCUCCAAGACCCGCGCACUCGGAGUACUAUUCGUACUCUAGAUCCCGACAGCCGAGCCCGGUGGGGGGUCAGGAGCGCUAUUAUAGGGGGUCAGCACCUACAAUCCCAUAUUUUGUACACCCAAAUCCACAAGAGUUUGCAAGGCUGAGGAUCGCAUUGGAAAAUAAUAUACCCCCAGCCGACGCAACAGAACAGUUUAAAUUCCAAAUACUGGUAGACCAUCUUAAGCUGGAGGAGGCCCUGCUUAUUGCUGACUCCUAUAGCCAUUCUAGGCACACUUAUACCAACACAAUGGAUGCCCUCAACCAGGAGUAUGGACAGCAGCAUCAACUGGCACUCCAGCGUAUAGCAGACUUAAUGGACGGGCCACCUGUUAUGUCAGGAGAUACCAAGACCUUCAGGAUGUUUGCACUAAAGGUAGGCUCCUUGGUCAGCAUGCUUGCACAAUUAGGAAGGAAAGGAAUUGUGGAGCUGGAAUUUGGGUCCCACGUGUCAAGGUUGCUUGAAAAACUGCUGCAUGAUUUGAGGUCCAGCUUCCGUCGAUAUAUUCAUCUUCAAACCAUCCCCAUUCCUACACUGACUGACUUCUCACACUGGCUUGAAUAUGAGCUGCAGGUGCAAGUCGACAUGGCAUGGUUCAGCUCAAAGAGAGCAACGUUUCUGAUGGCAGAGGACAGGAGGAAGUUUACCGGUAAGACAACCACAAUACUGUUGAACACUGAGCCCCAAGAAUCUGGUGCUGCUCCAACAGUGGCAGCAGCCAAACACAAUGGGAAGAAGUAUUGUCCUUAUUGCAACAGCGUCGAUCACUCUUUAAACAACUGCUCAAAUUUCAGACAGCUACACAAAGCACAAAGGCAUCACUGGAUCAAGAGUAACAACCGGUGCUGGUGCUGUGGGAGGACCCACCAUGCUGCAGAAUGCGAUCUAAAGAUGCGCUGUAAGACAUGCAACCAACAACAUCUCCUUGUCCUCCACAAACUCAAUGACAGGUCCGCUAAAAAUGUGCAAGCCGCCCAGGCCUCUUCUGCAACAACAGGCUCAGUUUUACUGAGGAAUGGCGAUCGAGUCCUAGAGACUUAUGCUGUCUUGGAUGACGGGUCUGAGCGGACCAUCCUUCUCAGCACCACUGCGCAGCAGUUAGGGUUAAAGGGGCAGCCUGAAGAAUUACCGCUGAGAACCGUGAGACAAGAUAUCCAUGUCCUCCAAGCGGAGGCUGUCUCCUUCAACAUUUCUCCUGCUUCCCAGCCAAGAUGGAUCUUCAAAAUCAACCGAGCUUUCACAGCCAAGACACUUGGGCAAGCAGAGCACACUCACCCAGUGGAUGCCCUUAAGCGGAAAUAUCAUCAUUUCAGGGGUCUGGCGCUGCAAGAAAUUGACAACGCUAAACCAGUGUUGCUAAUAGGAUCAGACCACCCGCAUUUGGUCACCCCAGUGGAGCCAGUCCCACUCGGCCCCCCAGGUGGGCCUGCAGGUGUCAAGACACGCCUUGGCUGGACUUUACGUGGGCCAACUCAAGGUGUAGUGCAGCAGCUGAGAGAGCAGCAGUGCUACUUCACCACCUGUCAGUCCCCAGGUGUAGACCUGCUGCGAGAUGUAGAAAGACUUUGGCAAAUGGAUGUGCUACCCUGGCGCAGUACCAAAGAGGCAGUACUCCCUCUGCUCCGCAGCACAGAGCGGAGGUUGUUAAACUCAUCAGAGAAGGUCCUUUGCUACACAACUGAGAUUCAGAGACUACAACGUGAAGGUUUUGUUGUCAAGCUUGAGCCUGGAGCUGACAACACUCCUGCUAGCUGGUAUAUCCCACACCAAAUGGUGCAGCAUAACGGCAAGAAUCGAGUUGUGUUCAAUUGCUCAUUCCAGUUCCAGGGGCAGAGCCUCAAUGACCAUCUCCUCCCUGGACCUACUUUGGGGCCAACCCUCCUGGCAGUGCUUUUGAGGUUUCGACAGCACCCCGUCGCCUUCAGCAGCGACAUCCGUAGGAUGUUCCAUCAGGAGUGGAGAGUACUCCCUUUCGGCACCACAUGUAGCCCCUGCUGCGCUAUCUUUGUGGAAGACGUCCGUGAGACUGUGAUGCAAUCAUUCUAUGUCGACAACUGCCUCCGGAGCUUGGCGACAGAGGUAGAAGCUAAAGUACUUGUGGAGAAACUACAGAAGCUUCUGGCUGAUGGAGGUUUUGAGUUAAGACAAUGGGCCAGUAACCAGCCCUCAAUCAUCAGCCACCUGCCCCCAGAGCUUAGAUCAGACAGCGCUGAGCUCUGGAUCACACAUGGCAAACCUGAUCAGAAAGAAGCUGCACUGGGGCUCCAUUGGCACUGCUCAUCAGACAGGCUGUACUACAAGCUCCACACUGUUGACCAUCCUCAAGUGACCCUGCGCACAGUCUACAAGGUUUUAGCGAAGGUGGACCUGUCCAAUAACAAUCUAGAGGUUUAUGGAGCCAAAGCCAUAGCUGGCAUGCUUAAAGAGAACAGCACCCUGGUGAGACUCAUUCUGUCAGGAAACCAUUUCACAGACCGGUCCACUGAACACCUCUGCCCAGCGCUGAUCACCAACACCAAACUACAGCACCUCGACCUCAGCUACAAUGCUCUGGGGGAGAGUGCAGGGGAACACAUGGGAGAUGCUCUGUCUGAGAACACCGGGCUGAGAUCGCUAAACCUGGCAUGGAAUUGCAUUCGACAAAAAGGAGCAGCAAUGCUGGCCAAUGGUCUUGGGGAAAAUGUUUUUCUUAGAAUACUGGAUCUGUCAUUUAAUGGCUUUGGGAAAGAAGGAGCCAGUGCUUUAGGACAGGCUCUUAAAGAGAACAAUGUUUUAGAAGAGUUAAAUAUCAGUAACAACCGAAUACCCCCUGAAGGAGCGAUCCACCUCGCCAUGGGCCUCAAAGUAAACAAGACAAUCAAAUCCCUGAAUAUUGGUAGGAACCCCAUCCUGAAUGCUGGAUGCUAUGGGAUCCUUAAAUCUGUACAGGACAACCCAGAUUCAGCCUUGGAGACUUUAGACUUUUCAGACAUCACAGUAAGCCGGGAUUUUGAAAACCUGUAUACAGCAGUGAAAGAAAUAUUCCCUGCGCUUAGAGUAGAUCAUGGGGGCCGCUUUGGCACAUUCAGCAAAGCAAAAGCUUGA